UACCUUCUCAAAAGUUGAUGCUGCUAACUGAUCUGAUUCUUCGUCUAUAAACCAGCCCUUAACUAACAGUCUAUCACCUGAGGAGCCAACAUCUACUUUCCAUUCAAUCAACCAUGAGAGGCACAACUGAAAAAGGAGAACCCCACCAAUCAUCCACAAUCACAGAUGAACCACAGCCUAAUCAACCUAAUUCAGCAGCAGCAACAUCAUCUUCAUACCCACCACCAUCGGAUGAGGAAACCAAGAAAUGGGGCACCCACAUCAUGGGAGCACCAGCAGCCCCUACUGUACACCCUGACAACCAGAAGGCUGCCUUGUGGACUGCUGCUGAUCACCAACCCUAUGUCAUCUACUCCCCUGUGGACAAGCCAAGCAGCAAUCCUUUAGAGCCCGUGAUUCACAUGUUCAAUACCUGGAGCAGGAAAGCUGAGACUAUAGCCAGCAACAUCUGGCACAACCUUAAAACUGGGCCAUCUGUAUCAGAAGUCGCGUGGGGGAAAGUGAACCUGACAGCAAAAGCAAUAACAGAGGGUGGAUUCGAGUCCCUCUAUAAGCAGACUUUCCCAACUUAUCCAAAUGAGAAGCUAAAGAAGACGUUUGCUUGUUACCUCUCCACAGCUACCGGCCCUGUUGCUGGAACCCUAUAUCUGUCAACAGCUCGUGUGGCUUUCUGCAGCGAUCGCCCCUUGUCUUUCAUUGCUCCGUCGGGACAAGAAGCUUGGUGCUACUACAAGGUUAUGAUACCUUUGGAAAAUAUUAGCACUGUCAACCCUGUGAUCAUGAGAGAAAAUCCAGCAGAGAAGUAUAUUCAGAUGGUCACUACUGAUGGCCAUGACUUCUGGUUCAUGGGUUUCGUUAAUUUCGAGAAAGCCUUACAUCACCUCUUAAAUAGUGUAUCAGAUUUCAAAGCGCGCAAUAGUUGUUAGAUAGCAGAUCUUCAUCCUCUUCAAAAUCUUUAUGUUCUCUGUUUGUUGUUGAUUUCUCUGUGUGUACAUAGAGGGCAACAGUGUGAGUCUCAGUUUUGAGAUUCACAUUAUCUUCCUUUUUCAUGUAGUUUUUUGUUUUUUACUCUAUCAUUUCUAUGUAUAUUUGUUUGUUCUAAACCAUUCAUGUUUUCAUGCCUAUUGUAAACUAGUGUUUGGUUGUUAA